ACGACAAUGAGGACGAGGGAAAGACGAAGAAGCGCAUGGGGAAGAAACAGGUCACUUCCCCUGACAUUGAGCAGGCCGGGGCCCAUAAGAAAAAGAAGGAGAAGGAAGAGAAAGACAAAGAGAAAGGAGGAGGAGAAGGAGGAUAAAGAGAAGGAGGUGGAGAAGAGUGAGGAGAAUAGGGAGGAAGAGGAGGUGAAUGAGGUGAAGGUGAAAAAGGUAAAGGAGGAGGAGAUUGAGGAGUAAAGUCCUAUUUUCACAUUGC